GGAGGGGCAGGGGCAAGGGGAAGGGACAGGAAAGGCGCAGGCGCAGCCCCAUCAGCAGCAGGAGCGCAGGCGAGCUUGGGGAUCGGAGGGCAAGACAGGCCAAGUCGUUCGGGGCCUACGAGUGAGUGGUGGCAGCGCAAGCACCGAGCGGGGACGAGGAGGUCGACAACUGUUGUCGGCAUUGCGCCCGAGCUAUCUUGAUCGUGCGCGAUAAGUCGGUCUCGAGAUAGGGUCGCCAUUGGAGAAGAAGCCUUGUUCGAAGUUGGUGCGAGUCGUUUCUUAUUCUGCUGCUCAUCGAUUUCUGGUCUGUUCUUUCUGUUCUGCGGGGCAGAGUUAGCAAGCAGCUGGUCGGAUUCAUUCGGUGAUUGGUGAGUGGGCCGGAGGAGCAUACAGGCGGCGUUGGGUGUUGAGGCGCAAGCAUGCAGUAUUCGGUGGGGUUGACGAGCAUGCAAUCGAGAAUCACGACGAGAUUUCUUCCAUCUUGUCAUGUCGGUGGUGUUAUUCGUGGCAGGAGUGGGGCGGUUGGGUUAGGUCUGUCUCCGAAUUUUCGAGCUCCAAGAACUGCGAUCAGGAAGGAGCUCUCUUCUUGUUCUCAACUUAGUGUCUCGCCUCUCGGAUCCUGCCUUGGAUGGAAUGAGAGCCACAGACAUGUGAAGAAAGAAAAAAUAUGUGCAGCUUACAACGCCGAGGUAUCUUCGGUGGAUGCGGAUGAUCCUCUUGAAGUCAAUAAACGAGCUCAGGUUUCAAAGCGGUUGGAACGAACUGCAGGCUACUUCAGACGAUUGGGAAGUUUAGGCUUUUGGGGCCAACUUGUCUGUACUGUUGUAUCUGCUAUCAUCCUAGCCUUUUCUAUUGUUAUCACAGGUGCUGCCACGGCUCCUGUCACACUUUAUCUUACAACGGCUGGAAUUGUCGCUGCCUUUCUGUCGGUUUUCUGGUCGUUUGGAUAUAUGCGACUCUCGCAAAGGUUGAGAGCAACCAUCGAUGAUCCCACCAAGGCCCCUCCUCGAGCUCAAGUGGUGAAGAACCUGAAGAAUGGAAUCGUUAUCAACCUUUUGGGAAUGGGGGCAACUUUGUUGGGAAUGCAAGCUACAGUUGGAGUGCUUGUUGCCAAGGCCCUGACUUCAUCCGCUCAGCCAUUUCUGCAAGGUCAAGGCUACAGUCCAGUCCUGGCAUUGGAUGUAUUCGUCGUUCAGGCCUCAGCCAACGCGUUGGUUUCUCACUUUUUGGGACUCGUCUUUUCUUUGGAACUGCUUCGAUCUGUAACUCUAUCUCAACCUCCCCCAGACUCCGUGAUACCCAAGCCUGUAUAAACUAUUAGCCAAGCUGGUCAUUUUCGACAGUAGUUUCUCUUUAUGAAGACUGAUGCUUCUUGUAGCUAAUAGAUUGCGGAGUAGAAUCUGCUCUGUCAUAGGGCUUCUGCCAAUCCUGGUAUGUUGUCGAUUCAACACCUCACCACAAGGGCUUUCGCAUACUUCUUCAUUCUGCGACCUUCGAGUUUUCACCCUGUCACACCUUGUGCGUCAGACUAGAACAUGCUUGUACACUUUAGAUGUGGAUAAUCAAUUUUCCUUGCAGAGGGGCGCCUGAGCCCAUGCCAUUAAGUGAUUCUUUGUUCAAUAGAUUCUAGUAGAUUAUGUAAUCUAACGGAAUCCCCGAAAACGAUACGUGGUAAAAGUACGAUGCUAAGCUGCCAAUUGGACUUGCGAUUCACAGAAACGUGGGCCACUGGCUCUCAAAUGCUCAUUGCCC